CGAACUAAUAUUGUUUUUAGGAUUUGAAAUUGCUUCACCAUCUCUCCUAAUUUCUUAAACCCCUUAAUAAUGGUAGCACCAUUUGUUACAUCAUGGUGGAGCGCCACCUUUAAUCUAAAUCUUGUAGGCAAAUCUUAUGACGCUUUGCAUAUGUUAUCCAACUUCUCGGUAAUGGGCAUGUUCUCCCACGCAUCCAUUAUCAGUACACUUUCCUCUGUACUCGUAAACACCGGAGCACUACGGCUGGCCCCCUCAUUCUCGCCGUCACCAGCCUUUGAUGACGGACUUUUAGAGGCAGAAGAAUGGAGGCUACUAGAGCCACCAUUUGCACUUGAACUGGUGCUACUUUCUGGUGUAAUGGACUCCGACAAAUCUUGUAACUUCGGUGGCAUAUCAUGGCAAUGGGCUGCACUGAUACAACACCCUCUUCAUCUUCCUUCUCAUGGUUACCCUGAAGCUUUUUAAGUUCUUUAACAAAUUCCAUUUUUACCUGGUUUUUGUAAUGACAACGUCCCUUUAUGUCUUCAGUUUUAGUACUUCAAUUAUAGACUUCAAACACCUUUGCUGUAGAAAAUGGCAAAGAACAGUAUAAAAGAGAAACAGCCAA